AGCGGCGAUAAUGCAUCACUGACGGCAGAGACACACAGCAGAUUCCUACGACGCUCUGAGGGGGCGAGCGUUCGGGACACAAGAGCGCUGAAGCACGACUGCAUCUGCAUUCACACACACACACACCAGCACCAUUAUCAGGACAACCUGCAACUUUAAGUGGAUUCUCAGCUAAAAGAACUUUCCUCUGUAAGUUGUUCCUCUCCUCUCUCCAAAGCACUAUAAAGGGAGUUUAGCUUUACUUCGAUUCAAUGAAAAAGGAGGAAAAUCUUCAGUUUUUUUUUUCUCUCUGUUUUGUGCUGGAAUUGAAAGCCACCUCACAAACGGCUACUUCUCUGCACCCUCCAAACUUGAGUGGAUUACAUCUGAGAGAUUCUGGGAAUUUCUUUAGCUGUAAUUUGAAGAAGCGUGCUGGACUGCAGGAUUUAACCAAUCCAGAGAGGGACGGCUUGUGUUACCUGUCACUUUAAUAUGGAUUACUGCUCUAAUUUGCUCUCAAGGAGGACGGUCAACAGCUCGACAUCAAAGUGAACUUUAGUCCGAGGAUAAAGUAGGUGUCCAAACGGUUUAUACAUUUUCUUUUAAAUAUGUCUCCUGUGAGAGUGCAUUAAACGCACCUGUAGCUGUAAAAAGCCAUGAGGAAGAUCUUUUCUAAUCAGUUAUGAAGAUCUUGAAUCUGUGCCUGAAGUACUGCCAGACUAAAGAUUCUUAAAGAUUCUGCUAAAAUAUAUUGACUUUGAUGAUUCAUGCAUGAAGGCUUCUGGGUGAUCGGCGUGAUUUCAUUUGUGUCCAGUUGGUGAAUCCUGGACGUCAGUCAUGGGAACAGUUCUAGGGGGGAGAACUGUCUGAGCUCCAUCAAUCCCCCUCAUCGAGGAGCAUCCCCAAAUCCACCAAUCAGGGAACGGGUCGUGAGGGUCCGCCGGCCUGCCCGUGGCACGAUGGUCCCGCCCCCUCCAACCAACAAAGCACAUGUGUUCUUGUCCACCGUCAUCAUCAUGAGCAGCAUGGCGCUGAUAGACGCGUACCUCGUGGAGCAGAAUCACGGGCCGCGGAAGAUCGGCAUCUGUAUCAUGGUGACGGUGGGAGACCUCUGCUUCCUCAUUGUGCUGCGAUAUGUGGCCGUGUGGGUUGGAGCCGAGGUGAGGACCGCAAAACGAGGCUACGCCAUGAUACUUUGGUUCCUUUACAUCUUUGUUUUGGAGAUGAAGGUGUAUUUCGUGUAUCAGAACUACAAGGCCGACCGCAAAAGUCUGGACGCAUUAGCACGGAAAGCGUUGACGCUCUUGCUCUCCAUCUGCAUUCCCGUGCUGUUUGUGAUUUUGGUCGGCAUUGACCACAUGGAAUAUGUGAAGGCUUUCAAGAAGAAAGAGGAGAUUAGGAACCGUUUGUUCUGGGUUGUGGUGGAUCUCUUGGAUGUUUUAGACAUCCAGGCCAACCUGUGGGAGCCACAGAAGAAAGGGCUUCCUCUCUGGGCCGAGGGUCUGAUGUUUUUCUACUGCUAUAUUCUUGUGUUAGUGCUGCCAUGUGUGUCGCUCAGCGAGAUCAGUAUGCAAGGCAUCAACAUCAGCCCUCACAAGAUGAUGCUUUACCCCAUCCUGAGUUUAGUUACCAUUAACAUCGUCACGCUCUUCAUCCGUGGAGGGAACAUGCUCCUCUAUAAGGACAACAGAGUGUCUGGGAUCCUCAUGGGCAAGAACAUUCUGGCCAUCGUUCUGAAGAUGUGCAGCUUCGUGCAGUACAGGAGACAGUUACAGAAUGCUCCUCCAGCGUUUGGGUUGGAAUUACAGAAGAACUCUGUACCGUCCACUCGAUCCGGACCAACUCAUCCUCAGGCGGGGCUUCAGGAGCAAAUGACACUUCCUGAGGUCACGACAUGCGAACACAGACCAGAUGAAGGUUUGUGUGAAGCAGAAGAUCUUAAAACAGAGUAAAGAAUCACUUCACAGAAGUCCUGUGAGAAUCUGAGAGACGUCAGUUUUCAUGCCGUUUACCCGGACAGAGUUUGCGACAGGACUGAAGUGGCCGGACGAUUAGAGCUGCAGUGGAGGUUCACAGAACUGACCUGAUGUCCUCAACCCUGUUCCUGAAGAGUUCCAGACGUCCACUGGCUUCUUCAGGCGUGUUCGAUGAGAGCUGAACUCUACAGUCCAUGAUGGAAUCACAGUGGGUCUGUCUUUGUGUCCAUCUUAUUGAGCAUAAGAUCAUCAUUAUACAAAUGUAAAUAUCUGUUGCACAAAACUGUACAGUGGCACAAUUAAUCAACAUGUCAAAUAUUGGGUGAAUUCAGAUCAAUUUGGCUUGUUUUUGAUAAUCAGAUGAUUGUGUAACAGUGCCUGAUUUACCCGAGUGCACCCUAGUUAACAGUUAAUUCUAUAACGUCAUAAUACAUGAUUUUCUAAAGCCUCUGCAUCAUCAACAUGAUGAACACUUGUUGUAUGCAAUAUACUAGAUGUCUACUGUCUCCCGGUGAAAGUUUCUGUGCUCUUCUGAAAGUAUAAGAAUGUGUAAUAUCAUUUAUAAAAUGCCCCUCCCCUCGUAUUGUGACACAUAUGUAUUUUUAC